AUGCGUCUUAAGAGUGUGGGGCAUAUUGUAGAUGACCUUCCCAAGCAGGAUAAAGUGUACCAGGAUCUUAAAUUCUUCGAAAAUAAUUUUCAUGGAGUGAUGCCAUUGGAAAUCGUGCUGGAUACCCGGAAGAAGAACGGCGUAGUGUCUAUACCCGUGCUGGAAAAGAUGUCGCAGCUGAAUGAAUACCUGCACCAGUUUCCGGAAAUCGGGCAUUCCCUGUCUAUCAGCGAAGGAGUGAAAUUUGUACGCCAGGCUUAUUAUGAUGGCGACAGUAGCAGCUACUCGGUACCCAAUAUGUUUGAUGCCAGCUUCCUGCAACCCUAUCUGCGCAUGAAGAACAGCAGCGGCAGCGCCGAUGCGAAUGACAAAAACAAUAUGUUCGCCAAACUGGUCAGCUCAUUUAUGGACAGUACCCGCCAGAAAGCACGCAUCUCCAUCAAUAUGGCCGACGUGGGUUCUAUAAGGUUGCCGGUAUUGCUGGACAGCAUCCGCCAUAAGACCGAUGAGCUGUUUGAUACUUCAAAAUACAGUGUUACCUAUACGGGUACAAGUAUCGUAUUCCUGGAAGGUUCCAAAUUCAUUAUCAAUAGCUUAAGGGAUAGCCUGGCGCUUGCCUUCAUCAUGAUCUUUGCCUGUAUGAUCGUAUUGUUCCGGUCGAUACCCAUUGUGCUGAUCUCCUUCGUGGUCAAUGUGGUACCGCUGCUUAUUACAGCAGGUGUGAUGGGAUGGAUGGGUGUACCGCUGAAACCCUCUACUGUAUUGGUAUUUAGUAUUGCGCUGGGUAUUACCGUAGAUGUGACCAUACGAUUCCUCGUCAACUUUAAGCAGGAAUUGGAGCAUCAUAAUGAAGAUAUUGCGAGCACCGUUCGCCGCACCAUCCAUGAUACCGGCUUGAGCAUUAUCUACACAUCAUUAAUCCUUACUGCCGGUUUUGGGGUAUUCUGCCUGUCUCAGUUUGAUGGCACGAAAUCACUGGGCUUUCUCACAUCGCUGACGCUGCUGGUAGCCAUGGUGACGAACCUGACCUUACAGCCCGCGCUGCUGUUAUGGAUCGCCAAGGCAAAAGACCGGAGGAACGAACGUAACGGCAUUAAUAACGAAAGCAAUACGGAUCAAAAAACAAAUACUUAA